UUCAACUGAAGCCGUGCACCCUCUCUCCCUCAGCCACCGAGCCCUCUCCUUUCUGUCUCGAAUUUGAAGCUCAACUCCGGCCAGUCCCAGUCACCGGCCCACCACCACACCCUCCCUCGCUCAGCUACCGAGCCCUCUCCUCUCUGAGAGUCUUCUUCAUCCAGUGCACUGUGCACCGAUUCUCUCCCAAAUCAGGUUAGGCUAUCUUUUUGGAUGAUAAGAUGCAGCGGUAAGGAAUUAGGAUCGGAAGCCUUAUGAAUUGCACUAGUGUUGCUGCAGUGGUUGUAUGCUGUUACACUAGUGAAGUUAGGCGUUGAUCCCUCAACAAAAAUCCCUACUCUGCAGGAAGCAUGGGAUAAUUUAGUCGCUCGUGUCAGUUUCUUAUUUUCUGACGAGGAUUUAGAGAAAGCUAUUGCAGAUUCAUAUCCCAACUUUAUAAAGAACAUUGAGCCUAUUAUUAAGAAGGUAAGUGACGAAAAUCCUUGAUGCUAUUAUCAAGCUCCAGGGAGAUACGUUUUGAAAUCAGGUGGAGUUAGAAAGCUCAAAGAAACCUUUGUCUGAAAGUGGAAGAUUGGCUUGUUAAAUUUGGAGAACGAGGAAUUUAUUAGGAAAUUAGUUGAGAACACUCAAACUAAUUUUUAGUGUGCUUCCUGUUUUACCCUGCUAAGUUUGGUUCGGGUUCAAGCUUUCCGACGGUAAUUGGACGAUUCCUCCGAUGCCCGCCAUCAAAGUUAGUCUGAAACGAUUCCUACCUUAUUCACCUAUUGCAUGUCAAAAUCUGCUUCAAAUUUGUGACUUAAUAUAAUUGGGCUUUAGAAAAAAUUUCAUGAUUUUGUCUAUCCAAUUUAACGAUUAGAAAUUUCUCAUUUACUAAGACGUGCUCCUGGGGACUGCAAUUUCAUCUGCUCCGAACAAAUAGAAUCUUUUUUUAUCUGAAUUUAGAAAAUUAUUGUCAUUUGAAUUUGUUUUACAUCUGAUUCAGUUGGAUUUAGGAGCUAUGCUUUAGUGUUUCCUGGCCUGAGUAGUAUAUAAAGAAAAAAGAGUGAUUUUUUGUGUCCUAAAGUGUUCAUCAUGGUCAGUAAGAUGCCGAGUCCUCUUGUAUUCAUAUAAUUACAUUUGUGAGCUACUUUUCUGGGUUUUUGUUGAUUUGUUUGCUUAUCUGAUAUAUACAAGAAGAGAUGAUGACACCGCCACCAACAUUAUCAAUUUAUGCAUGAAAACGUAACACUAGGGCCAAUCUACCCAUUUAUUUUUAGCACAUCACAUCUGCAAAAUAGUAAAAUAUAUGACAGCAGGGUUUUUUCAAAUCAAUUUUUGUUGGCAAGUUGUUGUUCAUAUAAGUGUUGAUUUGAUAAAUGCAAAUCCGGAUCCUCUUUGUGAGCAUCCCGGGGAUCCGUGAAUCAUGUCCAUUCAUCGUACAUCGUGCAAUCAAAAAUCUAUUUAAAUAUUUUUAUUUAAAAUUAAACACAAACAAUACUUGACAAAAAUUGACCACACGAUUUACAAUGAACGGACACGAUUCACAGAUCCCCAAGAUCCUCACCAAAAGGAUCCGGAAAGGAUCCUGUUGGGAUAAAUGCAAUUGCUUUUGGCAUUUUAUGCAAGUGUUGAUUUGAUAAAUGCAAGUGCUUGGUUCUCACUCUCCAGGUGAAAUCCGAUCAGGUCCGUCAGAAAAUCACCCUGUACGCAACAGAGUGGUUGCAAGUUUCUUGAAUGUGCCUUUGAUUGAGGCCCACUGUCCUCGUCCUCCUCUCAUCUUCUGCUCUGUACUGUCUCCUAGUUUGUAUGGCUUUUCAAAUCCUCAAACGCACUCUUUCUUCAGCAAGAAAUCCCAAACCCCUCUUCGUCCCCCGCUUCUCCUCCUCUUCUCCACAGUCCGAUCAAGCUUCAUCACAAACCAGUCUCCUAAUCUCCGACGUUGUUUCCAUCCUAACCCACCAGCGCUCCAAAUCCCGAUGGAGCUACCUUCACUCUCUCUACCCCAACGGCUUCAACCCAGAUGACUUUUCCAAGAUUGCCCUCCACAUCAAAAGCAAUACCCGUCUUGUCCUCGCCUUCUUCCACUGGACCCAACGCAAGUCCCUCUGCAACCACAACCUCCUCUCUCACUCCACCAUAAUCCACAUCCUUGCCCGAGACCGGCUCAGGUCCCAAGCUUAUGACCUUAUUCGAGCCACCAUUCGGGUAUCCGACGAAGCUGAGCCGUUGAAAGUGUUUGAGAGUCUUGUCAAGACCUAUAGGCAAUGUGGGUCGGCGCCCUUUGUGUUUGAUUUGCUGGUCAAAGCUUGCUUGGAGUCGAAGAAAAUCGACCCAUCAAUCCAGAUUGUGAGAAUGUUGCUGUCUCGUGGGAUCAGCCCCGGAUUGAGCAUCUGCAAUGAUCUGAUUCGGCUUCUUUCGCAGCGUCGAGGUGCGUAUGCUGGUUAUGAGAUUUAUAGGGAGAUUUUUGGAUUGGAUUGUGAUGUUUUAGAGAAAAAAGUGAAAAGGGUUGCUAGAAUCAGCCCGAGUGUGCAAACUUUCAAUGCAUUGAUGUUGGGUUUUUAUCAGGAUGGUGUGGUGGAGAAGGUGAAGGAGAUUUGGGAUCAAAUGGCAGGUUUGAAUUGCUGUCCAAAUGGUUUUAGUUAUAGUAUUUUGAUGGCUGCUUAUUGUGAGCAAGAUAGAAUGAGUGAAGCAGAGGAGUUGUGGGAAGAAAUGAGAGCUAAGAGUGUGGUGCCUGAUGUUGUUGCUUAUAACACUAUGAUUGGCGGGUUUUGCAAAAUCGGAGAAAUUGAAAUGGCUGAAGAUUUUUUCAAGGAAAUGGGAUUGAGUGGAAUAGAGAGUACUUGUGCUACGUAUGAUCAUCUUAUUACUGGGUACUGUAAAACAGGAAACAUUGAUUCUGCUACGCUCUUAUAUAAGGACAUGCUUAGGAAAGAUUUCAGGCCCGAGUGUUCAACAAUGGAUGCAUUGAUUCAGGGGCUUUGUGAUGAGAGUAGGGUUUUAGAAGCAUUGAAUGUUAUGAAAGGUGCAACGGUAGAUUUUGGUUUUCGUUCGACCGAGAAGAGUUAUGAGAAUCUGAUAAGAGGGUUGUGUGAGGAUGAGAACUUGGAAGAAGCGCUAAAGCUUCAGGCCGAGAUGGUGGGAAAAGGGUUUAAACCGAAUUCUGAGGUCUAUAAUGCGUUCAUUAGUGGGUAUAUGAAACAAGGGAACAGGGAAGUAGCAGAAAGGUUGAAGAUAGAAAUGUUGGAUGCUCAGAUGUGUGGGAAUGGGGAUUAGAUGAUUUAUCAAUUUUAAAAGUGCAAAACAUUUUUUGGUACACAGUUGAAUACACAUGAAAACAUACUGUUGAAGGCGUACUCUCUCUUGAAGAGCUUGCACUGGAAGGCUCUGCCUAUUGUCAAGAACCCCAAGGAUGGCUGCAUUUAUUCCAAAAAUGUGCUUAUUCUAAGAUGGCUGUGUAGCCGGAUAGAGGGAUAUUGGGAAGCACUGAAAACGAGACCAAGAUCUUGGUGAAUCCUCACAAAAAUCUUACAAAGAAAGAGUUCCUGAAGUUAUGUCUAGAUAGCAGGAAGGGUUUCCAUAGAUACUGGAGUGCUUAAAGUAAUGGGGAAAGCCAAGGCAGGUAUUGCUGCUUGCAAAGGUGAUGAACUGAACAUGAUAAUCGCUUUGUGCAGCCAGCAUACCAGGUUCUUAUAUUCUGCUCAUGAGCUGAGGCAGGGUCGUGCCAGGUUCAUAUUUUCUGCUCAUGAGCUGAGGCAGAUGGGUUAAAUUUUUGGAGUGUGGAGAAAACCUGAAAUCCUUUACCUGUAUCUGUAAUUUAUUAUCCAAAGCAAUACAAGCCGUCUCCCGGGCAUACCGGAUGAAGAAAAGCACCGUUGCGUUGUAAAGUUUUCAAUUUGUAUGGCAUGUAUUCAGCUUUUGUCAAGUAGGAAAUACCAGUAAAUGUAUGCUUAUUUCGUUUCUUAGUUGCCAGAAAUGGUUGUUGCUUUACUCUUGCUGUAAAACCAUUGGUCAUCAAGCUGAUGAGCUUUUAAACAUUGAAUGAAACUUUUAUUGAUGAUUUACAA